AUGGGGCUUCUAACGGCGUUAAUAGCGCUCCUGGUGACAUUACGAGUCAUUGGCGGUGACAAGGGAACGGUGAAUGCUUAUGGUUGUGCAUACUGCCAUGGAGACCCCCUCAGAAAUGUUACAGUGAAGAUGUACGACGUAGACACGGUGCUGGACGAUUUUAUGGGCCAAACAGUUACCGAUCGAAAUGGAUGCUUCUUUGUGAACGGCUCCGCUGAAGAUCUACGUUCGGAGAUCGAUCCAGUAAUUAACUUCUAUCACACGUGCCCAAUGUUUAUAGACUACGGGCGAUGUAUACUCAAAUCUCGACUUGUUCUGGAAGCGGAUGAGGUAAUAGAUGUGGAUUUUGUGAACCUAACCAACAUCGAGGUAACAAAGCUCGAAACGAUCAAGGAUUGUAUUCACUGA